AGUGACGUGGUGCAGCUCAUCUUUCUGGUGGACUCCAAUCCCUUUCCCUUUGGCUAUAUCAGCAACUACACCGUCUCCACCAAGAUGGCCUCGAUGGCGUUCCAGACACGGGCCGGCGCCCAGAUCCCCAUCGAGCGGCUGGCCUCAGAGCGCGCCAUCACCAUGAAGGUGCCCAACAACUCGGACUGGGCUGCCUGGGGCCACCGCAGCUCCGCCAACUCCUUUGUGGUCCAGCCCCAGGCCUCCGUCGGUGCUGUGGUCACCCUGGACAGCAACAACCCUGCGGCCGUGCUGCAUCUGCAGCUCAACUAUACGCUGCUGGACGGCCGCUACCUGUCUGAGGAAUCCGAGCCCUACCUGGCAGUCUGUCUGCACUCGGAGCCCCGGCCCAAUGAGCACAACUGGUCGGCUAGCAGGAGGAUCCGCCCAGAGUCACUCCAGGGUGCCGACCACCGGCCCUACACCUUCUUCAUUUCCCCGGGGAGCAGAGACCCAGCGGGGAGUUACCAUCUGAACCUCUCCAGCCACUUCCGCUGGUCGGCGCUGGAGGUGUCCGUGGGCCUAUACACGUCCCUGUGCCAGUACUUCAGCGAGGAGGACAUGGUGUGGAGGACAGAGGGGCUGCUGCCCCUGGAGGAGACCUCGCCCCGCCAGGCCGUCUGCCUCACCCGCCACCUCACCGCCUUCGGCGCCAGCCUCUUCGUGCCCCCAAGCCAUGUCCGCUUUGUCUUUCCUGAGCCGACAGCGGAUGUAAACUACAUCGUCAUGCUGACAUGUGCUGUGUGCCUGGUGACCUACAUGGUCAUGGCCGCCAUCCUGCACAAGCUGGACCAGUUGGAUGCCAGCCGGGGCCGCGCCAUCCCCUUCUGUGGGCAGCGGGGCCGCUUCAAGUACGAGAUCCUCGUCAAGACAGGCUGGGGCCGGGGCUCAGGUACCACGGCCCACGUGGGCAUCAUGCUGUAUGGGGUGGACAGCCGGAGCAGCCACUGGCACCUGGACGGCGACAGAGCCUUCCACCGCAACAGCCUGGACAUCUUCCGGAUGGCCACCCCGCACAGCCUGGGUAGCGUGUGGAAGAUCCGAGUGUGGCAUGACAACAAAGGGCUCAGCCCUGCCUGGUUCCUGCAGCACAUCAUCGUCAGGGACCUGCAGACGGCACGCAGCACCUUCUUCCUGGUCAAUGACUGGCUUUCGGUGGAGACGGAGGCCAACGGGGGCCUGGUGGAGAAGGAGAUGCUGGCCGCGAGUAAGGCCUCGUUCCAUGUUCCCACUCCGUGGGAGGUUGGGCAGGGUGGUCCUGCCCCGUGGCCUCCUGCAGUGCGGCCCUCCCUGCCUUCUAGCUGUUUGACUCGCAUCCAGAGGGCCACCUGCUGCGUUCUCCUCAUCUGCCUCUUCCUGGGUGCCAACGCCGUGUGGUACGGGGCUGUUGGUGACUCUGCCUACAGGACGGGGCGUGUGUCCAGGCUGAGCCCGCUGAGCGUCGACACAGUCGCUGCUGGCCUGGUGUCCAGCGUGGUUGUCUAUCCCGUCUACCUGGCCAUCCUCUUUCUCUUCUGGAUGUCCCGGAGCAAGGUGGCUGGGAGCCCGAGCCCCACACCUGCCGGGCAGCAGGUGCUGGACAUUGACAGCUGCCUGGACUCGUCCAUGCUGGACAGCUCCUUCCUCACGUUCUCAGGCCUCCACGCUGAGGAAAGUUCAGUUGAGCUGUUGGACUUGGACAACUUUGCACCUCUCAUCUUUGUCCUUGUCAUCUAG